CUCCUGAAGAUGUCCUUCAAGGCAUGGCCACUAGGAGUCAGCUGUCAGAAGCGAAGCCUGUAUAUGUAAACAACCCGCCAGCCAAUUGCCGCCUCCUGUCAUUUCAAAUCCAUCCAGUGGGUUUCUUUUUGAAUUGUUAACGUCUCUGUGAGUCAGAGCCUUCCUGAUAGAUCGCUUGGGCUUUCGAACAGGGUGCCCGGCAGUGGAAAUCUUUGGAGGGGGCUGCUGGUGGUGGGAGAUCCUUCCUACCCGCUGAAGAUCCCUUCCUUCUCCGACCUGACACGACAUGAGGAGGAAAGAACCCACAUCGGGCAGGUCCAGGGACACCCCGGUGAGGAGGUCGAGUCGCUUGCAACCGGACAGAGUUGGAGAGCAGGUUUCAAGGGAACCGCAAAGCUUCAGAGGAAGUCAUGUCGCUGACAUCCUUUCGCCCAGGGAGAGCAUCAGAGCUCACAGGAAGCAGGCCGAGCCAGCCAAGGACCCAUCGCCCAGUCCCCCCAGAGGUUCUUCGCAAUUGUCGGAAGAAGCAGAAGCUCAUGAAGACAGCAGGCAAACCGUGUUGGAAAGAGACACUACCUUGUCAGGAUUUGGUUCACAGGCAGAGUCCAUUAAUAGUAAGAGGACGACGACAACCAAGGUGGCUGCCACAGCUGGGCUCACUGAACAUAAAAAGACAUCCCUCCAUUUUCCUUUUCAGUCCCCCUUUGUCAGGCUGAGGAGACUGGAUGUGCCACAGGAAGAGGAGCCUUCCCCACCCCAAAACGGGGCAAAGGAGCUGCCUCAACCAAACAUCGAGUGGGAAGUGGUGAAAGACAAGAGGGCCCGGCUGCAGGUUCUGGAGACCUCUCAGCCGCGAAGCACCAAGGCCAGGCCCCAGAUGGAGAGGAGGACAACGGCCAGCUCACAAGGCAGGGUGGAAAACGAGACGUUUGCCCUUGGGCAGCAGAGCAGGACAGGAAUCACUGCCAGGUCCAAGGCGCCAACCAUGAAGAAGGCCGACUCCUCUAAGUCACAGGCAGGAGCCCCCCAAAAGUGGGCCAAGCGUCUCCCGUAUCGGUCCGUUCUCUGUUUCCUUCUCUUCUUGCUUAUCCUGGGCUUUGUUUGCUGGUUCGCAUGGGAACACGGAAACCCCGGCUCCUUCCUGGGGCUGGUGGGAUACGAAGCAUGGAGAUGGAGCAGCUUCCCGAAACUGUGGAAUGCGGUGGAGGAAUGCAGUAGUCAGUGCAGCCUGGUGUUGGUGGAGAGCAUCCCGUCCACUUUGGAUUACGAAACGCUGACUCCUCACCACCCAAGCAUCUACCAGGCUUGGAUGGACCUCUUGGGUGGCGCCAACAGCAGUGUGGAGAUAGCAGCUUUCUACUUCACCCUACGAGACUCCGAUGUUCACGUGGAGGAUCCCUCUUCGAAGCAGGGCAAGGCGGUGUUUGAGUCUCUGCGGUCCUUGCCUUCUCGCGGGGUGAAGCUCAGCAUCGCUGUGAACAGCCCCCAGUUUUCCCAGUACGACACAGAUGAAUUGGCCCGCCAUGGUGCAGAUGUGCGGUACGUGGACAUGAAGUACCUGACGGGAGGCAUCUUGCACACCAAGCUAUGGGUGGUGGAUCGGAAGCACAUCUUUGUGGGCAGCGCCAACAUGGACUGGCGCUCCCUCACUCAGGUUAAAGAGCUGGGCGCUGUGCUGUACAACUGCAGCUGCCUAGCUAGGGACCUACACCGAAUCUUUGCCAUAUAUCACAUCCUGGGGAAAGAUGGGGCCUCCAUCCCGUCCAAGUGGCCGGCGGACCUGGCUGCCAAGUCUGGCCUGACUCAUCCCCUGAAGCUGCAGCUGAAUGACACCGGCGGUCAGCUGUAUCUUUCUAGCUCUCCACCGGCCCUCUGCUCCUCAGGCAGAACCUCUGAUCUCACCGCCAUUUUGAGCACCAUUGAGGAUGCUGAAGACUUUGUCUACAUUGCUGUGAUGGACUAUGAGCCCCAGUGCACAUUCUGCAAACCAAAGAGGUUCUGGCCGGUCAUUGAUGACGCUCUGCGCACUGCGGCCUGCGAAAGGCGGGUGAAGGUGCGUCUCCUCAUCAGCUGCUGGAAACACUCGCAUCCCGCCAUGUUCGUCUUCCUGGAUUCGCUCAGAGUCCUCAGCUACGAACCUCUGCAUUGCCCCAUUGAAGUGAAACUCUUUGUCGUUCCCUCGGAGGGAGAGCAGCCACCGAUCCCUUAUGCGCACGUCAAUCACAACAAGUACAUGGUGACCGACAGAAUCGCCUACAUUGGUACCUCCAACUGGUCUGAAGAUUACUUCACCCGCACUGCAGGCGUCGGUCUGGUCGUCAACCAGAGUGAGGCCUCUGCAGGAGCCCCGGGACAAACCCUGCGCCAGCAGCUGGAGAAAGUGUUUAUCCGGGACUGGGACUCUCCCUACGUUCAGCCGCUCAGCAAACACUGGGAAUGUUCGAGGAAGUGAGGGCGGAGGGUGGACCAUUCCACUCCCUGCCUGGAAACAGGUUCAGGGCUCAGCCUCGCUCUGACCCCUUGACCUGGAAGCACUCCUUUCAACAUCCUGCAGUUUAGAAGCUCUUGCCUUGGUGCCCCUGCUCCUGCGCUUGCGUCCCGGAGGAAUCUGGCCAGCAGGCAUUGUUGGGGGUGGGGGGAAAGGAAGCUGGACUCUUUGGGUCAUCCGUCCGACCCAGAGCGGUUGCUUCUGAAACUCCUAAGCAGCCGCUCAUUCAGUUGGUGGAAGUGAGGAACAGCUACAGCUGCUUGGCCACCAGAGCUGGAGCGCUCUAGCGCAUGCCUAGGGAACCUGCGGCCUUCCAUAUGCUGCUUAACUCCCAUCAGCCUCAGCACACCCAACUCACUGCAAGGGAUGAUGGGAGUUGGAGUCCAGCAGCAUCUCAACAGGUUCCUCACUUCCCCACUAGGGUGGGACGAGCUGCAGCUAACAGCAGAAAUGUGAACUUAGGGUGGGAGGAGUAGGGCAGGAAGGGGGUUGUAGCCGCCUCCCAACUCCCUGUUUACAUGAAAGAUGGGGGAGCCUGCAGUUGCCCACCUCCCAUGUUGAUGGACUUCACCACCCAUCAUCCCUGACCAUUGGCCAUGCCAAUGGGAGUUGGAGUCCAGCAAAACCUGGAGGGCCACCAGUUGGCCACCCUUGCUUUACAGGAGGAGUGGGGGGGACCUUGGUCCUGGGGGCCAAAUGUGACCGUCUGGACAUCUCUGGCCAUCUGCUCCCCAGGUGGCAUCCCUCCCUGGCCCUGCUCUCAGGCCUUUCCCCCAGGAAUUGUGGCUCCACGGUGAUAAUGCAUCUUGCUGGCCUGGGUGGAGGAUGGAGAGGCAUGUGCCUGGAACACAGCCUAGUUACCGUAUUUUUCGCUCUAUAAGACGCACCUUUUCCCUCCUAAAAAGUAAGGGGAAAUGUGUGUGCAUCUUAUGGAGCGAAUGCAGGC